CUCAAUUCCGUACACAAAAGCUCGGCUGAUGACGUGUACAUCCUGCUCUGUCGUUAGCUGGCUAGCUUAGCCACCUGUCAGAGUAAAGGGGGUAAAAUAAAGAGAAUAGAAAGGAAAAGGGGUACGAAAAGAGUUUCAGCGAAUCCAUAAAGAUGGAGACGCUUUACCACCAGACCAACAAGCAAAUCCAGGAGGUGCAAUCUCAGAUGGGAAACCUGGAAAGGACAGACCGCGAAUCAGUUCACUUGUUAGAGAAUGAACUACAGGCUAGAAUCGACCAGAUCUUCAAUCAUCUGGAACGUCUCGAGAUCCUGGCCAGUAAAGAACCACCAAACCGCCGUCAGAACGCCAAACUACGAGUGGAUCAGCUGAAGUACGAUGUUCAGCACCUGCGGACAGCUCUCCAAAACCUCCAGCACAGACGCUGCACAAGAGAAGCCCAGGAAAGAGAGAGGGAGGAACUCCUCAGCCGCACCUUCACUACAAAUGAUGCAGAUACCUCCAUCCACAUAGAUGAGGCCAUGCAGUUAAACACCAGUCUGCACAACGCACACCAAGGCAUGGAUAAUCUCCUGGGCAGCGGUAGUAGCAUCCUCAACGGUCUCAGAGAUCAAAGAUCAACUCUCAAGGGGACGCACAGGAAGAUGCUGGACGUGGCCAACAUGUUGGGCCUCUCUAACACAGUAAUGAGACUAAUAGAAAGACGAGCCACCCAGGAUAAGUUCAUCAUGGUUGGAGGCAUGUUGUUGACCUGCAUCUUCAUGUUCCUCGUCAUCAGAUACCUGGGCUGACCACCAUCCACCUUCUACAGUUGAUCAGUUGUGGACAUUUAAAGGAAUGCAUCAUCCCACAGAAUAUGACAUUUAAAAUUUAAUGUGAUUUUUUUUUUUUUUUUUUUAUAUAAAAUUUGCCAUUAUUUUUUGUUUACUUUCAAUAGACCCACACCACGUUAUUUUGGAAACAUGCUAAACAGUUAGGCUGAAGAAGUUCCUAUUUGCAGACAGUAUUUCAUAGAAUCUGAAACGUUUGUCGAUCAGUUCACUGCUUUUCAUAGACUUACAGCCGAACAUGGACUCUACUCCAGACCUUUGUACAAACAGCUCGUGCUUUAUUUUCCAUGAAGAAUUUCCAUUAAUGUAUGAUUGAAAAACACAAAUCCAAGUGUAUAAAAACAUAUAGUACUGUUUCA